CAUGCAUAGGUAGGCAAACUAAGGCCCAGGGGCCAGAUCCAGCCCAAUUGCCUUCUCAAUCCGGCCCAUGGACAGUCCGGGAAUCAGCAUGUUUUUACAUGAGUAGAAUGUGUCCUUUUAUUUAAAAUGCAUCUCUGGGUUAUUUGUGGGGCAUACGAAUUCAUUCAUUUCCCCCUCCAAAAAAAUAUAGUCCGGCCCCCCCACAAGAUCUGAGGGACAGUGGACCGGCCCCUGCUGAAAAAGUUUGCUGACCCCUGCUCUAAACCAUGCUUUAAAAACAAUUUAAAAUAUUUGGUGAAGAAUGUGGCAUUUUGUUUUAGCUGCUGGGGGCAUGUGGGUGGGAGGCAGGGCUUUCAGUUGUGACUCAGGAACCAGAUGUAUAAAGCUCUUCCUCCUCCCUCCGCUCAGACACCCCCCUUGCGAAGAGGACGAAGAGGAUGUCUUCAGCCACAGGCCUCCGCCCCCAGGCACGCUGCCUGCUCUUGGCCCUGAUCUGCAGCGGUGCCUCCUUCCAAGAUGCAGCCGCAAAUGUGCAGCCGCACAUAUCUUCUGACCUUGUCGUGCAGAAGCCUUCCUGUGGAAAACAGAUCCGCAUCCCGUGCGAGGGCUACACAGAUUACGAAGACAGCGGCAUCAUGUACUGGCUGGCCAACGGCCAGUUCGUGUCGGAAUUGUACCCAAGUGGAGAAGUGAGCGAGGGGCACACUGAGGAGAAAGCCAAGGGCGUCGGCCUGUCCCUGAAACGGGAGCUGAUCAUCAACACCUUCACGAAGAAGAUACAGAACACAAGAUUUGAAUGCAUCAUCCUCGAUCCAGCAGGCGCAGCGCGGAAGGCUGUCACCUGGAAGCCGAAACCGCGAUUCAGGAAUCAGCCUGGCAAAGUCCCAGAGCAGAUCGACAGCAGCAGCGCCUAAGGACUUCUGAACAAGAGCUUCGGAGGGACACAAGAGGCAGGAGGGCAGCGGUGCAGCACAGCAGCCGAGGGAUGGGAGAAGAGCAGGCGUCGUGGCUGCUGGGCAACCAACUUCUGGUUGCUUCUGCUCUCCGUUGGGUCACGCAGCAUCUCUCUCUGCUCCAGGCAGCACCCCCUCUGCCACCUCCAGCCACCCACUCCAGAGGAAGGAAAGAAACCUCACUCCUCAAGGAAGAAGGAAAACAAACGGGACACCGAGGGCGUGGGAAAGGUAGCAAAAUUCCUGGAGGAUUUUAAACCUGACCCAUAUAGCUCCAAGCAGUAUGUAGAACUGUGUUAAAUAAAAGCUAGAGGUACACUCUUUACGUUCCAGCUUGAACAAG